UUCUGCUUAUUGAGUGCCACACACACACACACACACACACACACUCCGCCGUCCACUCCACUCCAUGCGACUUGCAAACCAUGCGUGCAACACCGACCAGCGCUACAACUGCAACGACGACAUAUUCCCGGGCGGGACUAGGUACUUUUUCUUUCUUGCUUUCUUUAAUCAACAAGCGCACAGUCUCUUCGCGCUUUGUACAACACGAUAUCACAUGCAUGCGGCCUCUUUGCUUUUGCGCUCGGCAUACCUGCUCUGUUGCCUCGGGCACUACUACGCAUUCCGGCCGCUCUGGCCUGCUUAUAUGGCUUUCAAAACAGGUCUUCCACUUCUUUCUCUUGUUGCUUCUCUUUCGACUUUUUUCUUUUUUUUUCAAACGACUGCAUAACGAAUGGAUCGGAAAGCGGGAGAGCGACGAAGCGUUCGCCGAACUCGCAUUUGCUUGCUUGCUUGCCUGCUGGCCCAACCCAACUUCUCUUCUCUCCUCUGUUGCACGGAGCGGACACAGCACGUGCGCACACUUGGCGGCUACACACCACACCACAUCACGUUGCAUUCACGACCUUCGGGCGUUUGGCCGCCGGUCUUGCUCGCCUCCUCUUCCUCCUCUUUCUUUUCACACGCUACGACCGCCCUCCCUCACUGGCGCGUCGGCGCCAGCAAGCAGGCAGCGCGUAAGUGUCCUGCACGCUGAGAUGGGAUGACGCGUGCGCUGGGUGGCUGGGUGCUUGUUCUCGCGCUCUCUUUACGCGGCAAAAUAAGGCGCUCUUCUGGUGGGAUGGGGUGGGGUGGUUUGGGUUUGAGUGGUGCGGUUCACUCAGUUCAAUCAGUCACCUUCGGUUCGACUCAGUUCGGUUCGGUUCGGUUCUUGCGGUAGGAUGGGAUGAGGGUUAGUUUGGUUUUCUUUUCUUUUCUUUUCUUUUCCUUUUCUUU